AUGGUUCGUGAAGCCUUAGUAUCUCGAAAAGAUUUAGACAUCAUAUUAAUGUGGUUUGAUGAAAUAAUUGAUAAUAAAAUGAAAAUAUUUUUUCAACAAAUAAAUGAUCUUGCUUUUAUUUUUACAAAUAAAGAAGAAUUUCUUAAUUCAAUUUCAACAGCAAUAAAUGAAAAAAUUUUUAUCAUUUUAUCUGGUUUACAUGCUGAUGAAAUAUUACCAUUGAUACACGGAAAAAAUCAAAUUGAAAAAAUUUAUAUUUUUUGUAUAGAAGAACAUCAAUACAGAUAUUUAUUAGAAAAUUAUUCGAAAAUAAUUGGUAUAUUCACUAAUUAUAAACAAAUGUUUGAAAUAUUACAAAAUAAUAUACGUUCUCUAAUUGGGCAAAUGAUUACAUUUAAUUUAUUUAAUCAAAAUCAGAAAUCAUUAAAAUAUUUAUCACAAGAAUUGACUGAUUUUCUAUGGUAUCAAUUAUUACGAGAUUAUAUAAUGAAUAUGUCGAAAGGAGAUGAUGCUAAACAAAUAAUGAUUGAUAAAUGUCGUUUACAUUAUAAUGGAAAUCCUACUUAUUUAAGGUAUGUAGAUGAAUUUGACCAUUCAUAUUCUUCUAUCGAUGCAAUAAGAUGGUAUACAAAAACAGGAUUUAUUUAUCGACUAGUCAAUCAAGCUUUAAGAACUGAAGAUAUUGAAGCAUUAUUAGCAUUACGUUUUUAUAUUACUGAUCUUUGUGAAUGUUUAACAAGAGAAUAUAUUAAUAAUAGAGAAUAUUUCUCUGGAAUAACAAUUACAUUAUAUCGUCGUUUAACUCUAGAUGAUAAUCAAAUAGAUAAACUAAAAGAAAAUAUUGGUAAUUUAAUAUCUACAAAUGGUUAUUUAUCAACAAGCAAAUCGUUUGAUGUUGCUUCAAUGUAUGCUAUGAAUGUUAUAUUUGAAAUAAAAAUUGAUACAGAUUUAGAUAAUAUUAUUUUUGUUGAUAUUUCAUCAUAUAGUAUGAUUCCGUCGGAAGAAGAAGUUUUAUUUGAUUUAGGUACAAUUUUUAAAAUUGAGAAUGUAGAAUAUAAAUCAACAAUCAAUAAAUGGAUUGUAUCAUUAAUUGGAACUAAUGAAAACGAAUUAUUAAUAAAUGAUUAUAUAAAAAUAAAGAGAGAAGAAUUGAAAAAAAAAAGAAAAAUAUUACAAAAAGAAUUUUUAAUAUUAAAAAGAGAAAAUUUUAUUGAAGGUGAAUUUGGUUCUUUAUUAAUUGAUAUGGGUUUAUAUAGUAAAGCAAUUCGUUAUUUGGAAAAUUUAUUAAUAAAAACAACAUCUAUAGAAAAUAAAAUUGUUAUUUAUUAUUGGUUAGCUACUUCAUAUUUUCGUAACAAAGAAUAUCAAUUAGCUUCGAAAAAUGCUAUAAAUUCAUAUGAUCUAUGUAUUCAAUUCAAUUCUAAUUCAUUAAUUCUAUCAUCCAUAUUGAAAUUACUAGGUCAUAUUCAUGGUAAACAAAUAUUAAACCAUAAUCUUGCAAAGGAUUAUUAUGAAAAAUCAUACGAAAAGAUUGAUUUUAAUAAUAAUGAAUAUUUAUCAGAAAAAUAUGAUAUUAUGGGUCAUUUAUAUAUGUCACAAUUUAAAUAUAGUGAAGGUAUCAAAUAUUAUAAAGCAACAGUUGGAAUAGACGAAAAAUUCUAUGCACUUGAUCAUCCUGAUAUAGCACAUAAAUAUUAUAAGAUUGGUUAUGCAUAUUUUUAUGAAUAUAAUUUUAAUAUGGCUUUGGAAUAUGCAACAAAAGCAUUAGAAAUACAAAAUAAAAUAUUACCAGAUAAUCAUCCUGAUUUAAGUGUAUCGUAUUGGUUAAUGGGACAAAUUUGUCGUAAACAAAGUAAAUAUGAAUUAGCUGUACAAACUUAUAUUAAGGCAUUAGCAUUAAAACAAAUGCUCAAUCCUGGAGAUUAUUUCGAAAUUGCAGGAAUAUAUGAAUAUAUUGGAUAUUGUUGUGAUAGAAAAAAAGAUUAUGAUAUGUCAAUAGAAUAUUAUACGAAAGCAAUAAAAAUGUACAACAAAUUGUUUCCAGCAUUUAAAAUUGUAGUAGCUAAUAUACAAUUUGAUAUUGCAUGGUUAUAUUUUAUCAAAGGUAAUCAUGAUUUAGCAAUAGAAUAUUUAAACGAGUCAUUAUUAACAAAUGAAAAAAAGGAUAUUAUAUCAAUAGUAACAUCAUUUUAUCUUUUCGGUUUAUGUUAUGAUAAAAAAAACGAGUACUAUAGUGCGAUGAUGUAUUACAAGAAAUUAUUAGAAUAUUAUGAAGAACAACCAUCGCAUAAGAAGUCAGCAUUAUUGAAUAUUUAUCAAAAAAUUGGUCGUCUUUAUCAAUAUAUAGGUGACUACAACUUAUCUAUAGAAUAUUAUAAUAAAGCAGCAAUAAUAGAAGAGAAUAUGAUACCUAGAGAACCAAUUGUACGGGCUUCUAUAAAUGAAAAUAUUGGAAGAUGUUAUCAAACAAUAGAAGAAUAUGAUAAAUCUAUCGAAAAGUGUAAAUCAGCUUUGGAAAUUUAUAAAAAUUGCUCUAUACUUGAUAUUCCAUGUAGUGAAACAAUCCCUCAAGAACAUCCUAUGGUCGAUCGUAUAAUUUCAGACUUUUAUACAAGAGAAGAAUAUUUAUAUCCUGAUAUUCAAAUUGAAAUUAUGUAUUUAUAUAAAAAUAUUGGAUACUGUUAUAUUAGAAAAGAAGUUCUUGAUCUAUCGUUAAAAUAUAAUUUAAAAUUUUUGGAAUUAUAUGAAAAAUAUUCAUCAUUGGAUGAUUUAUUAGUUGCUCAGACACAUGAAGAUCUUGCAUGGAUUUUUGAAAAAUAUCAACAUUAUCAAUCAGCUAUCGAACACUAUGAAAAAGCACGUUCAAUACGACAAAAUAUUGUUCCAAUUGAUGAAUUAAUGAUUGCAACAUUAUAUCAUACUAUAUCAUGGAAAUAUUAUCAUUUAAAUAAUUAUAAUGUAGCUAUUCAAAAUUGUGUUAAAUCGGUUGAUUUAUAUAAAAAAUUAUCAGAAACAUGCUGUUUAGAAUAUGCUAACGCUCUCAAUAGUUUAGGUCAUAUGUAUUAUACUGUGAAUAAUAAUAAGGAAGCAUUUGAAAAUUGCACAAAAUCAAUGAAAAUUUAUAUCGAUAAUAAUGUAUCAUUUGAUGAUCAUACAGCCAUUGCAGAUAAUUUUGAAGCAUUAGGAAACAUUCAUUUUAUUAAUGGUGACCAAACAAUUGCUUUUGACUAUUAUCUAAAAUCAUUAGCACUAUUAAGUCGAACAAAUCCAAUCAAUCAUAAAGAUAUGGAACGUGUUAAAAGUUUCCUCAACAAUAUCAAUGAAAUUGAAUUUUAA